AUGGUCUCUGCCACAAGUCAUGUAACGAUGUGUUUGACGAUCAUCUACGGAAUCAUCGUCAUUUUCGCUUGCGUGGUCGCAGUCCCUCUUGGUGAAGUCGACUCGAAUCCGGAAGGACCAAACCAAAUCGUCUAUUUUGGUGCUUUUAAAGAAGGGGGUACCACAGGACCUUCAAAACUGCUUUGGUGGGUGGGUGAACGUCGCUUCUUCGAACCCAGCGUCUCCGGCUUUGUAACAUUAGAAGGCACCGAAGCACCGAAGUCAUCGUCAGUUACAACUGCAGUCGAAGGUACUGAAAACACUUCUGAAGUUCCAAAACUGCACUCCUCAUUUGGCUCGGAUUCUACUGCGAGGAUGCGAUCCACCUUCAGUCCACUACAAGUACAUUACGACGACUACAACUAUCCAAGUCUGAAGUCGUGA